GGCGGCUGGGGAUCCUGCAAAGUCCCCUCAGGCUGGGGCGUGAGUUCACAGAUGUGCUUGAAGAACUGCCUGGUCGGGGUCACCUUUUGUACAUGCUACCUGGCUUCUUACCUCACGAACAAGUAUGUCCUGUCUGUCUUGAAAUUUACAUACCCUACAUUAUUCCAAGGGUGGCAGACAUUAAUUGGUGGACUUUUGCUUCAUGUAUCAUGGAAACUGGGCUGGACUGAGAUCAAUAGCGACUCAAGAUUUGAUGUUUUGACGUGGCUUCCUGUGUCAGUGUUAUUUGUGGGGAUAAUCUAUGCUGGAUCCAGAGCAUUGUCCAGACUGACCAUUCCUGUGUUUCUCACUUUGCAUAAUGUAGCUGAAGUUAUCGCCUGUGGGCACCAGAGCUGCUUUCAGAAAGAGAAAACUUCUCCUGCAAAGGUCUGUAGUGUUCUCUUCCUCCUGGCUGCAGCAGGAUGCCUUCCCUUCAAUGACUCCCAGUUUGAUCCAGAUGGAUAUUUCUGGGCUGUCAUUCACUUAUUCUGCAUAGGAGCUUAUAAGAUACUCCAGAAGUCCCAGAAGCCCAAUGUCUUAAGCGACAUUGACCAGCAGUACUUAAACUAUAUAUUCAGUGCGGUGCUCCUGGCAUUUGCAUCUCAUCCCACAGGUGACCUCCUCAGCGUCCUGGACUUUCCGUUCCUGUAUUUCUACAGAUUCCAUGGUAGCUGCUGUGCCAGUGGGAUUUUUGGAUUCUUUCUCAUGUUCAGCACAGUGAAGCUAAAAAGCCUUAUGGCCCCAGGGCAGUGUGCAGCUUGGAUAUUCUUUGCGAAGGUAAUCACAGCUGGUUUAUCAACGGUGCUGUUUGAUAUGACCCUGACUAGAGCAACUGUAGGAUGCCUCCUGCUGGGUGGACUGGGUGAGGCCUUGCUGGUUUUCUCCCAGAGGAAGGUCUCCUAAAGGAAACUCAAACAUCACUGCUGGAAAUCACAGCCCUGGGCUUCUGCUCCUUUUCAGUGUGUCAGAAAGAAGGACCUUGACUGCUUUUCCCCGUGUCAAGAAUCUCGCUUGCUGGGGGGUCACGGGCUGUUGUAGAGAAUGGCCUGUGUUGCCUCCCCACUUUGAGAGCAAGUCAUGCUGAUUGUACCAUGCCCAAGGGUGCAGACACAGAUGCGGGGCUCCCCUGUUGCAAGGCCAGUUCCCCCCUCUUGACAAACAUGACUCCUUCCUUAACCUCUGGCUCACCACACAGCAGUGCUCACAGGCUGUUUUGUUGUGCUUUGCGUUUUGUGUUUUCACAUCUUUGGAGACUCCUCUGGGGGUUCUUUGCUUAUUGUGCCGGCUGGUCUAGAGCCCACUUCACCCUGUGAAGGCUUCCCAGUCAAGGCAGGGAAGGAGAUGGGGACUGAGUUGGAGUCCUGGAACAAGUAAGAAGUGCUCUGGAGUCAGUGCUGCAGCCUUUUUGUGGUCUCGGCCCAUUGUGUUCUUUUGAAUUCUGCUCACUCUCUGCAUUACAUCCCACCCUCCCCCUCUUAGGUUAACUUGUCGCUAAAUGAUCACCAGAGGGAUUAGCAUUUACAUGCACUGAUGAGUGUCCUCUCAGGGCAUUUAAACAAGCAUUUAAAUAUGUAUAUACAAGGGCACACACAUUUAUAUUUAUAUUCCUUAAAGCUUUUAAUCCAUUUAAUUCCCUAAUAUCGCCAUGGAGGUUUCAAACCAUUGAGCACUGAAGUACGUUUUCCAGGCCGGAUUAAAGCUCCAAACCUUGCCUCUGUGAGUCAAAAGAAAUGAAUUUGUAUGAAAUGAUUAUUUGAUUCUGAACCCUCAAUGAAGGUUUAGACACUAAUAUCUAAGUCCAAAUAUUUCUGCUCUGUUAUAACAAGUAAUUUGAAUACUUUAGGACUCUGCCAGGAGUUGGUCAUUUUGAGAUGUAGAAGGUAAAGAAGUUUGGUGAGUUUUCUCUAGGCGGGAAGCCAGGCGCUGCAGUGCUGAAGCCUGUCCCUUCUCAGCUAACUCAGCCACCUCUUCUGCAGGUUUUCUGCAAUUUGUUAAAGAAGCAGAAAAUGAAACAAAUAGGAAUGAAUUAGUAUAUUUGGAACUUCAAUACUUAAAUUCAUCCUUGUACUUUUCUGCUGCCUCUUGUUUUAAUGUACUGUCUUUUCCUGGUUUGCUUGUCAUUUAAGGUAAAGGUGUUCAAGGUGACCUUUACAGAGACAACUUCCAUUUGCUUUCAUUCUUCAUCUGGGAUGGCAAACAUUCUAUAGGCUAAGAAUGAAGUAGGAAAUUUGGGCUUAGCAUUUUCCUUGUUCUUUUACUCUCACAAAACUUGAAGGCCAUUUCUUUGCCAUUUGCAGAAAGUGGCAUCUGUCCAAAUGUCAUCUCAUGCCAGUCUCUCCAAGUCCCAUUCAGUUAAGGGAGGUUUCUGAGACUGGAAAGAGCUGUGUUCUAUGAAUAAGCCCAGACCCUCAUUUCCAACAGGACUAACCUCAAAAACUGCUGAAAAGUUGUUUGAAGACUCUGGCAAGCAUUUGUUUUUGUUUGUUUGAUUUUCUUAAAUUGCAUUCCAGAAUCCUCUUGUUGUUAAAAUAUCAGUUCUUUUCUUACUUUACACCAGCAGAAGAGAAGGUGUUUUUUCAAUAUGCCAUCCUGCUUCCUACAGUUCCAUCUGUUCGUGGGCUACUAUGUUGGAGCUUCAUCCAUCACCUUUUAUGCCCCUCCGUGUGCUCAGCUCUCACUACAGUUGAGCCAUGAGCUCUAUAAAACAAGGGGCUGGCCUAGGUCACCCCAGCACUCAUAUGCCCUCAUUUUCUAUUACUCAUUAGCCCUCAGGGCCCCCAGGUGGAGAUCUCCAAGUCACCCCAGCACUCCCUUCUGCCCGAAAUGAUCAGUUUGGUCAUGCCUGUUUGGGUCCCAGUUACCUUAGGCCUUAUUAGCCCUAAGUCAAACCCAGAGUGUUUUUUUUGUUUUUUG